CCCGCCGCCCGGCCGGUCCCGCUCUGAGUUCGCUUUGCCUCCUCAGGAACAUGACGGGUCGGGAGGAGCUCAGCGACGAGAAGCCCCGGGUGAAGAUGCUGGCCCCGGGUUUCGGCAUCGACAAGUCUCGACUUCACGGCUCCGGGUUCCGCUCCAAGGGCUUCGCCAUCACCGACCUGCUGGGCCUGGAGUCGGACCUGCAGGCGCGGCAACAGCCCGGCGGGCAUCCGGGCUCGGGUCUGUCAUCGGCGGGCCCCGGGCCGGAGCCGCAGGGUUCAGGCGGCGGGCUCGGUGGGUUCUCGUUCCCGGGAGGCUCCCUGCCACUGGGCCUCGGCUUCCUGUGCAGCCUGGCGGCGCAGCAGCCCGCGGGGGCGCCCUGCUUCCUGCCGGGACACCUGCCGCUGCUGCAGGCCCGCACCGACGGCCACUACCUGCAGAACCUGGAGGCCCAGAGAGACGUAUACUCCGAUGAAGAGUGUCUGUCGGACCGAAACGAAUCCAAAAGUUCCGGAAAUUCGCAGAAGAGGAAGAAGAGGAGACACAGGACUGUUUUCACCUCCCACCAACUGGAGGAGCUGGAGAAGGCCUUUCAGGAGGCGCACUACCCAGAUGUGUAUGCUAGAGAGAUGCUGGCCAUGAAGACCGAGCUGCCUGAGGACCGAAUCCAGGUCUGGUUCCAAAACCGGCGGGCAAAGUGGCGAAAGCGUGAGAAAUGCUGGGGACGCAGCAGUGUCAUGGCAGAAUACGGUCUGUAUGGCGCCAUGGUGCGACACUCCAUCCCGCUCCCCGAGUCCAUCCUCAACUCAGCCAAGAACGGCAUGAUGGGAUCCUGCGCCCCCUGGCUGCUCGGUGAGCCGCAUGCACGAAUGCACAAGAAGUCUCUUGAAAUGGCCAAGAAGUGUCCCAGUCCCCCGUCCUUAGACUCCACUCGAUCUGAGUCGUUCUGCGACGCCUCAGAGCGGCACAGCACUGCUGGCAAGGCCCGGGACACGGAGGAGGACGAAAGGCUGCUGGAGGAAGACACGGAGGAAGAGGAGGUGGCCAUCGACUUGUCCAGCUCCUCCAAACAGCAGCAGCAGAAUGAGGGGGGAGCGACAAGGGCCACCUCAUCACCACAACAGCAAAGUGGCAGCGAAUCAGAUGACCAUAGCUGAAGCUGCGAGGAGCCUGAUGUGGUCUGCUGAGAAAAUUUAGGACUUCCUCUGCAUGAAACACAUGGAUUCGAUUGGCUCUUCUUUCAGGAAGAUAAGACAAUAAACAAAAAAGACAUUACAUCACUUGUUGCUAUGCAAACUUCUGACCAGAAAACUGUUUAUGUAAAGUAUGUGUGUAUUUAUUGUUUAUUUAAAUUAUAAAGGAAAGACAGACAACUGAGAUCAGCUAAGUGCUGCUGUCAUCGCCAGCAGAUCAGUGAGAAGAGAGCUGGCCCUUUGGAGGCGGUCUUUAGAGAUACAAAGAUCGUGAUAAAAGACUGAGAGAGAGAUCUCUGCCCCCAUGAUCGGAAGCUCUGACUGCAAGAGUGAGAGCAGUGGUCCGGCGAAAGUCUGUGUUGAGUGUCGUUUUGUUCCGAGUUUGUUUGCUAUCUAUAUUUUCUUUGCUGUUUGUUUACAGUUUAUAGAUGAAUGUAAAAUGUAAGAAACCCUGUUUAUAAUUCUCUAAUAACUAUCAUGUGGAUGUACAGUAAAGACACAAAUAAAAAGAAAGUAUUUUUGCA